AUGCCAUCCACUUCUUCUGCAUCCGCUUCGGCUUCAGGCAGCACCUCAGCACCCGCGCCCAAACCAAGAGUCCAGCAGCUGAAGCCGAGUAGCAGGGUAGCGGGCGCACCUCCCCCAAGACCCCUUCCUAGGGACGGACCGAGCAUACAAGCGAACACUUCGGCUACCGGGCGCUCAGAUCAAAGCGGAGCCGGUGGUGCAGGCACCGGAGACCAGCCCGCUCAGAGGACGGGCCCAAGAAUCGUCACUGGCCAAGGUUCUGGCAACACUAUCAUCGUCAAUCCGUGUCAGAAAGGCAAUCCAUUGCUGCAACACGUGCGGCAGGUCGGAUGGGAGUAUGGGGAAAUUACCGCAGACUAUCUGGUCGGCGUAUCUAGUGGUGUCUUGUUCCUUUCGUUGCGAUACCACCGGCUCCAUCCUGAAUACAUACACUCCAGAAUAGCGAAAAUACGAGGCUCUUUCAGCCUGCGCGUUCUCCUUGUGCUCUGUGACGUGGACACCCAUGAGACGGCGAUCAAGGAGUUGACCAAAGUGGCAUUGAUCAACUCCAUGACCCUCAUGAUUGCCUGGACUGCUGAGGAAGCAGGCAAAUACGUGGAAGCAUACAAGCUCUUCGAGCACCGCCCACCAGACGUCUUGAGAGAAAGAGUGGCGGACGACUACCUGAGCCACAUACAAAGUGCGCUCACAAAUAUCCGCGGCGUCAACAAGACCGAUGUGAUCACCUUGGCGACCAAUUUUGGUUCAUUCAAAAAGCUUUCGACGGCUUCGGCGGGGCAGCUCAGUCUUUGCCCCGGUUUUGGUGAUCUCAAAGCUCGUCGGCUAAGGGAAGCUUUUGCCUUGCCCUUUCGUGUGGGCGAGACGCGGCUGGGGAGGGAUAGGCUUCGCAAAGAGCCGAAAGCCAGCGAGGACACUUCCGCGCGAGUCGGUAGAGCAAAGGUCUUGGAAGCUUCCGCAUUGUCGGACAGCGGCAACGCCGCAAGGAGUGGAGACCGCUUGUCGACAGCAGGUGGUGCCGACAAAGCAUCGGAUGCGCCCAACAUUUCCUUCAACAACGAGCUGGAUGAGCUUACGGAGGAGGAACAGCUUAGGUUGGCGUUGGAGAUGAGUGUGGGGAACGAGCUGGAUGAGGAGGAUGAAGACUUUUGA